AUGUCUUCCCAUCUGCCCCAACUAUCUCAUGUCUCCGGCUCUUCCCAUAAUUCCAAACCAUCUACAGAUGCUGGUUUGGCCAGUGCUGCAGAAGAAAUGCUGGCAGUUGACGAAGAUGAAGACAUGCUACGACGGGCCUUGAGCGUGCAUUCCAUCAUAUCAACAACUUCAAGCUUUGCAUAUAUGGGGCGAGCAAAAUAUAUUCAUGAUGCUGCAUUCACUGUCAUCGGAAGAGGAACAUGUGGAACGGUCUUUGAGAUUCCCGGGACUGAGUCUGCAUAUAAAAAAGGCAGCGAUAAGGACUCACUAUGGAAUGACGCAAACUUGACCAACACUGCCUGCCGUUCAGUGACAGAGACCAGGACUUAUCUUCAAGAACUAUUCCCCAAUAUCUCAAUACCUCGUGUGCCUGUAGUGACUGGAUGGGUCUGUGGGAACGAGCUAGAGAACUGGUGGUGCCAGAACUUGUCACGAUUCCCAGAGGACACACAAGCCGGAUAUAUUUUUCAACUUCAGCGGAUCUUGCCGCUUCCUCGACCCUCCCGUGAAGCUCUCAUCCGCCUCUAUUUCCCGCAGGAAAUGCGUCGUUCUGCAUUCGAAGACCCAGAGAAUAGGGCAUGCCUUGUACGACCAUAUCUUGGACAGCGAAGAACAGAGUGGGAAUUUUCGCAUCCAGCACUCAGCCUUCAGAAUUUUCCCCUUUAUCUCGAUCAAAUAGAGGAACUCCGGUUAGAAGCCAACCAAUUUUCUACAGAGAUGGCUAUUGGUCUGGCUAUCGUCCACUGGAAGGCAUUCUUGGAUGGCAUGGACAUGGAAUUCGUACUCGGAAGUGCGGCGACGAAUGGGGAACUUCCCACCGUCAUUGAGGACUUCAAAAACGUGGAGCCAUUUGAUAUCCCUGCUUGUGAUGUUAAAAGACGACAGGUACAUCUAUGGAUGCUCGACUUCGAUAAGGCUGACAAGCUCAACCUGAAGGAGAGCUGGAAGUCUUGCUGCGAUAAGAUGGUCACUGCCGUGACAGCAAAUGACCCUUAUUUCCCCAACCCAGUAGCUACGGGAACCCUCGAACAUAAGUUAUGGGAGACAUUUGAGCGGGCCUAUCUGCUUGCUGCGUCGAAUCUGCUGCUUAGACAGACUGGGCUGCCAAAGGAGGCGAAUGAAUACCCGGCUUUGUUUUUAAAAGCAUGGAAGAAGAGAGCCACAGAACUGGCAAAGGAUACAGAGGGUGGUUUUGUUGAGUUCGUGUAA